AUGUUUUUUCAACUACUUGUAAUUAUUCAUCUGCUAUUAACUACCUUAGCGAGCCAUCAAACCUACCCCGGUACCAACACAAGACCAAUACUAUCAGACACUGAAGCUGUUCAGUACACAAAAGCAAAAUACUUGCAAGGAUGGGCACCAUCCGAUAUUGCUACCAACAAAGCUGACUAUACUGUAGGUAGUGGUGGAUAUACAAAUAUUCAAGCUGCUGUAAACGCUGCUAUAAAGGCUGGUGGUACAACAAGAAAAUAUAUAAAAAUCCUCCCUGGAAAAUAUGCCCAAUUAGUGUUUAUACCCCAAACUACAGUCCCAUUAACACUUUAUGGGUCUGUAGGACAUCCUGCACUAGUACACAUUAUACUUUCUCAGGGAGCUAAAAUGAGCGGUGCUGAGUGGUCUAAACAAGUUAAUCCAAAUGGCUCUUUCUAUAGGGAAGGAGAUCCAGCAUGGCCGAUGUAUCAUGAUUGUGCCAUCAGAGCCACUAUUGGUACUUUUUGUUCCAGUGUAGUAUGGGCUCAAAAUGACAAUCUAGAAUUCGCUUAUGUGACCAUUGAAAAUCCUUCCAUUGUUGGUCAAGCUGUGGCUGUUAGCAAAUCUACAAUUAAAGGUGACGUCGACUUUAUUUUUGGGCCAGCUUCAGCAGUCUUUGAAAACACUAAUAUUAUUGCUAGAGCUGAUAGACCAAGAAAUACCGCAGUCAUUUUCGCUCCAAAUACUACAAACACUCAAAAGUUUGGAUUUCUAUUGAUCAGAGGCAACAUAACUGCUGAAACUGCUAUAAAAAAUAAUAGGGGCGUUCAUUUGGUGAGAGCCUGGGAUUCCACUCCAAGUGCCAAUGGUCAGAUACUAAUAAGAGACUCCAUAAUUGAUGCGGUGAUCAAUGUUAAUGCACCCUACGAUAAAGCUACGUCUGGAAGGAGCUUCUCUGGAAACAUCAAUAAAAACAGAAAUCUAAACGAUUCUAAAUAUAACAGAUUCUGGGAAUAUGCGAAUAUUGGAAGUGGAGCAUGA